AUGCGUAUUUCUAGCCUUCUCGCCGCCGCUACCAUUGCCCUUGCGGCUCCUGUCCCUGAGCCGCCCGGUAUUCCCAGCACCAGCACCGCAGAGAGCGACCUCAACAGCCUCCAGGUUGCUGAUUCCGGCUCUGGCGACGGUUACUCGCGCAAGGAGUUUCCUCACUGGAUCAAGGUCGACGGCAGCUGCACCACCCGCGAAUAUGUACUAAAGCGCGACGGUGAGGAUGUCGAGACUGGCUCGUCCUGCAAGGUCACUUCAGGUACCUGGGUCAGCCCAUACGACGACACCACGUGGACCGACGGUAGCAAGCUCGACAUUGACCAUCUUGUACCCCUCGAGAAUGCUUGGAUCUCUGGUGCCUCGAGCUGGACCAAGGCCCAGCGCCAGGACUUUGCCAACGACAUCAAGCGCCCGCAGCUCUACGCCGUGAGCGAAAAGGCCAACCGCUCCAAGGGCGACCGCAGCCCCGAAGGCUGGAAGCCCCCUCUGAAGAGCUUCUACUGCACCUACGCCAAGUCCUGGGUCGCCGUCAAGAGCUACUACAAGCUGACCAUCACCGCCGGCGAGAAGUCUGCUCUAAGCGACAUGCUCGACACUUGCUAG